AUGACUGCGCAACUUCCCGUUGCCCCUAAAAUGCUCUCCUCUGGCCUUCCCGACAAGGAGGAAUUAACGUGGAAAGAACAACCAGGUGGAAAACAGUACUUUUUCUCAGCAUUUUACGAUGACCGCGAGGGAGGACACGUUCGAAUUGUAUCACUUGUAGACAGAGAGACUAAACCACCGAAAUUCUGCAGAGUUUGGUACCAAGAAGCAGGUAAAACUGGACUCAGUGGUAACCUGUCUACUAAUGGAAAUGUAGUGCGACCGGCAAAGCUUGAGCGAAAUCCAAAGAGGGGAAAAUAUUCUGCAUCUCUUUACCAUUGCGAUGUGAAAGGAUUACCAAAGCCGCUGGCCGUUUCCUUGAUGGAAGACCGGCACUCUGCUCGCGUGGGCAAUGUCCCCAUUCUCAAGGUGAUCGACAAGAGUAGGCCAAGCAAUUGGGAUGCGAACAAGCUGAGACGGAAGAUCGGAGUUUGUGUAGAGACCGCCCUUUUUGAAUAUAGUAACUUCAUGCGUUUGAUAGAGUUUGUUGAGGUUUACCGGACACUUGGAGCGGAGCAUUUCAUCUUGUAUAAUUACACUGGUGAUCCUGUGAUGAAUCCGGUUAUCCGGGCGUAUGUUCAACAAGGAUAG